UCCUAUAUAUUUUUAAAAUCAGAAAUUACAAAUUUUAGCGCGCUUAAACAAAAAAUUUGAAAACCCGCCAAAACUUUUAAUUUGAUUGAAGAUCCGCAUGAACACACUAAAAUGAAUCUACACCGUCCAUUAAGAAUAAAUCAACGCUCAAGAUUCAUCCUCUUCAUUUCACCACUACUAUAAAUACCAAACUCAAAUCCCACACUUUCCACAACAAACUCCAUUUUCUCUUCCAAUUUUCCCGAGAAACAAACAACUCAACUUCAUCCCCUCAAUGGCUCGUACCAAGCAAACAGCAAGAAAAUCCACCGGAGGAAAGGCUCCAAGGAAGCAACUGGCAACCAAGGCGGCAAGAAAGUCUGCUCCAGCCACCGGAGGAGUGAAAAGGCCACAUCGAUUCAGGCCAGGAACCGUUGCAUUGAGAGAGAUCAGAAAGUACCAGAAGAGUACUGAGCUUUUGAUCCGAAAGCUUCCGUUCCAGAGAUUGGUGAGAGAAAUCGCUCAGGAUUUCAAGACCGAUCUUCGAUUCCAAUCCAGCGCUGUGUCUGCUCUUCAAGAGGCUGCGGAGGCUUACUUGGUCGGUGUGUUUGAAGAUACUAAUCUCUGUGCGAUCCACGCUAAGAGAGUUACAAUCAUUGUUGGAAAUUAUUUGUUCUAACCAACACACUUAAAGAAACAAGUUAAUACUAGUGCAAAAGUGAUAUUUUUAAAAAUUUCUACACUUUCUGUUUCAGGCCCAAUGUUAAAAGCCCAACAAGUUAAAGAUCACACACACAAAGAACCAAUAAAGGUUCGGAUCACACUAAUCAAUUCCAAAGAGAAACAAAGUUUCUCUCUCCAAUCAAGCACCCUUUCUUUGAUGUGAAAAUUACAUGAAAUAUGGGAUUUCAUAACAAAGUUAGAAAAAUAUGGCAUUUUUAGGUUUGCCACUUUUCUAUGGCAUUUUUUCACAUUUAAGUUUUUUAUGGUAUUUGAUAUGCCAUAUUUUUAUAAACUUAUUAUCCAAUCCCAUAUUUUAUGUUUUUGUUUUUAGCUUAAUUUGUUUUAUUUAUUUUUUUAAUUUAUUUUACACUUACAUUUUAGGGUUUCUUUUUAUUUGAAAAAUUUACACCAAAUACUACAUUUUUUUUCAAACAUUACAUUUUUAAUUUGACAAGAACAUUUUACUUUUAUACUUUUAUUAAUUUUUUUUUUCUUUUUUACUUAUUGAAAC